AUGUGGUCUUGUUCAGACGCUAUUCGACAGAAUGAGGCGGAUCCUCCAGAUGCUCGCCAAGCGCUUAAUGAGCGAGAUACCGUAUCAAAUCGUAAAUCCGAAAUGGAGCGAAAUUCUGUGAAAUCCUCCAGUGUUUUGGAUGAAUUGACCAUGGAGAAGAAAGAGGACUUUGUUGCUCACAUUCAAUCAAUUACAGACAAGAAAAUCGAACGCAUGGGUACAACAUUACGAAAAUGUGUCAAUCCUAAGAAACUGAUUGGUGAGUUCUAUUUAGAUCUGAAGAGAUUUGUCCAUAGGUUUUCGUUUGUGAAUUUGGAUAAGACCUUGCUUGAAGUGCUAUCUCGGACCAAAAUUCUGCUGUCCAACCAAUAA